AUGGAUACCGCUAUUGAACUUCGCGGAAGCCCUCUAGUCGAGGAUACCUGCCAAACACUUAUCCAACGGUUCCAAAAAUCCGUGGCUGAUUUCCCAGACGAGCUUGCUGUUGUUUGCACUCACCAGUUAUGUGACAUCUACAACCUCUGCGAGACUAGACUUGGAGAGGAUGAGCGUACCAAUAACGCCAACUAUCUCCGGUUGACAUAUCGUUCUCUCGAUACUGGUGUGAAAUUCUUCGCGAAGGGACUCGAGGCCCUAGGGGCAGCAGUCGGUUCACCUUUGUUCGUCAUAUGCCCCAAUCAGAUUGAAUAUGUCAUCACAACCCUAUCUGCAUAUCAAAUCGGACUCGUCCAUGUCCCUUUAAAUCCCAGCAAUUUGUCCAACGUGACGGAGGUUAAGCAUAUGUUCCAAACGGUGUUAGAUGAGCUGCACCCUACGAAUGCGAUUAUUGUUGCCCAGAAUCCCAAGGUGGCUGGUGAUAUUGAUCAUAUUAAUCUUCAAGUUGGCCUCAUGAAAGUGAUCGUGGAAGGUCAUUUGGAGGGAUGGGCAUCAUUCAAGGAUCUGCUAGAGCUAGGUCGCUCUACAAAGGAAGAACAUGUCAAAACGUCGGAUCACCUCGAUUCCGAGGAAUUGUCCGUAUUCUUUACCAGUGGCACUACGUCAUUACCCAAAGGAUGCCUGGUGAAGACAGCACGAAUGAUGGAUGUUUUGGAAGGCGCCUUGUCUAUCAGCCAUACCGGGCCCGGCAAAUCGAUUGCCGUAAGUCUUCCAAACAACCAUGGGUUUGGUCAUAUUUGUUUAAUGCUACCACUACUGCGAGGUGCCUGUAUUGUGCUUGCUGGGCCUACAUUUUCCUCUACUGCCAUCAUCAAAGCCAUUUCGCAAGAGAGGUGCACGCACCUACCUAUAGUUCCUUCGAUGGCCCAUGCCAUCCUCAGGGAUGAAUCACUGCAUCAACAGAGGAUUGACAGCCUGGAAGUGCUACUCUUUGCUGGAGCCCCACUACCACGAGAUCUUCUCCUGCAAUGCCGUGAUGUUCUUAGAGCUGGUCAAGUCGAGAAUUUUUACGGCAUGACGGAAGGAGUAUUCUGCUGCACUGGCCCCGUACGGGAGCUGGAACAGAUCGUGAAUGAUCGCUAUGUGGCGAUCGGUCGACCCGUACGAGGGUCGAGAAUCCGCAUAUGUGCUCCGGGCGAACUGUCCUCUGUUCAAAAUGGAACUGUGGGAGAAGUACAUUUCGCCGGCGACUCCAUGAUACAUCAGUAUAUGGGGUUGAAAAGUAACGAUAUCUACUACGAUGACGGAAGAUUCUGGUUCAAGACCGGUGACCAGGGGUUUGUCGAUCCUGACCGUCGCCUGUUCCUAGUUGGGCGAUACAAGGACCUAAUUAUCCGCGGUGGGGAGAACAUUUCGCCGGCCAGCAUCGAGGCAGUCAUGAGCAACCACCUUAAACUGAGUACUUUAGAGCCACAGGUUGUUGCCGGCCUAGAUCCUAUUGCCGGUGAGCUCCCGGUGGCGGUUGUCAGGGAGGACCUGGAUUACUCCCUGAUCCAGGAGCUACAGAGCACAGUACGCUCCAAACUUGGAGCUAUUUAUGUCCCGAACACGAUCAUAUCGUUGCGGAAACUAGGUCUCAAUGACUACCCUAGGACCAUAGCUGGGAAAGUCCAAAAGUAUAAGCUUAAAGAACUUGUACGGAAGUACUGUGAAUCCCAGCCUCAAAAAUCCUUGAAGACACCCGAGUCCCGCGAACUUGCAGAUGCCGUGGUCGAGAUAUGGGCACGGGUUCUCGGUCUUCUGCCUAGCCAAAUCGACAUCUGCUCUCCGGUAUUAAACGUGGCCGAUAGCAUUCUCUUGAUGAAAGCUCGAGACAGAAUCAGGAAGGAAACUGGGCGUACCGUACCGCUUCGGCAGUGGAAUUCUGCGUUUACAAUUGCAGACCAAAUCACGCUCCUUGAGCAAGGUUCCUCUGACGAAAAAGUAGGGUCCGCCGAAGGCACGGAAAAUCGACGUUUGGGGCCCCCAUCUGCCGAAGAGAUCGUUCAUUUGCGGGGUGACCCUGAUGAACUUGAAGCCACGAAAGCAGCAGUGCAACGGACUAUCGCGAAAUACAAGCUGACAUGGGAUGAUGUGGAGGAUAUAUUCCCCGCCACGGACCUGAUCUACGCACUCAGCAAGUCCCGUGUGGUGAAUUCUUGGAACGUUUACGCAUCAAUUGUUUCCAAAUCGGCCAGUGCUCUGCAAAUGAGGGCAGCACUUGAGGCAGUGCUGGCUAACCAUCCUCUUUUGUUGUCGUUUUUUGUCAACGACGAUUCAAUAGGACCUGAACUCGGUCUUUAUGCAACCAUCCGCCCGCAGAAAUCAAUCUUCGAUCUGUGCAUACUGGACUAUGGUACGGUGGAUACGCUACAGGAUGUAAAGGCCCUCACGACGGACUAUCCUUUCAAAGACAGUGCCAUUCUCCCCGGACCAUUGUUCCAUGCGCUUAUUGUCUUCGUUCUUGAAACGAACUCUGCCGCUCUCAUUACGAAUAUCUCCCAUGUGAUACUGGACGGCUCAUAUCUCUCUCUGUUCCACGAAGAUAUUGAUCGUGCUCUUUCGCAAGAGCGUUUGGCCCCGCAUCUUCCAUUCAAGGUCUGGGCCGAUUCUUACUAUAGCCUUCGAAUGUCUCCCAUGGCCCGAGACUCAGUCAACUACCAUGUAUCCCACCUUCAGAGCCUUAGAAAACAUAGAGAUGCUCUUCAGAGGCAUCCAGUGUAUCAGCUGACCGCCUCCAGUGAGCCUGGGCAAGUUGACACUCAGCUCAUUCAUUUCGCAGCCCCAGGUCUCCUUCGCCUGCGCGACAAAUUCCCUGGUCUCUCGCCCCCCGUGAUAAUGAAGGCUGCCUUUGCCCUGCUUCUUAUUCAUCAGACAAAGCAUACGCAUGCUCUCUUUUUAAGCCCUGAGGCGAAUCGGUCACAAUUUCCAUUCAUCCCUCAUUCAUAUGCCAAGAUCACCAGCUUUGAGGCCGCUGAUGUUGCAGGACCAACCUUUAGUUGCGUCUUGAAUCUAAUUGAGUAUCGGCCAAAUGAGACCGUGGUGGAAUACCUUCUUAGAGUCCAGCAGACUCAGGCUGAUUUGACAAGGCAUGCGUGCGUACCUUGGCACGAGGUUUUCCGUCUGCUUGGUAGCUCCACUGUUGAAGAUAUGCCUGCCCUCACUGAAACGGCAUUUUUCAAUUGGCCCCCUGGGAUGGGUGCCUCAGCAUUUGGCCUAAAUCCCUUCUCCAGCAUGCAGAUGUUGCAUAUAUCUGUCCGGAGGAAGCUUGGAAUGUCGGUUGUCGCGGGCAUAGGCGGCCCUGAUGGCUGCGAAAUCGUCUUCCAUCUGCUGGGUUCGGUACCUAACAAGUCGGAUUCAUGGGUCACCUUAAUUGCUGAAAAGCUCAAGGCGAUAGCGUCAUGGCUUGCAGAAGAGGAAUCAUGGGGGUUGCCAGUAGGGCAGUUCAUUACGUGCUUGUGA